AUGGCUCGAGAUCCCGCUACACGCUCGGAAAUCGAGCAGCUACGCGACUCGGGGCAGGCCGCUGAGCUGGAAAAGCGCCUCCAGAAGCGGAUUCAGUUCGGAACAGCUGGGCUCCGGGGUCGCAUGGCUGCUGGUUUCUCAUGCAUGAAUUCAUUGACAGUGAUCCAGGCAUCGCAAGGCCUGGCCAAGUAUUUGAAGGACUUUCACAGCGAGCUUGUCCCUCGUGGGGUGAUUAUCGGCCAUGAUGCCCGCCACAACUCUGCUAGGUUCGCGAUUCUCGCUGCGAAUGCAUUUAUCGCACAGGGAAUACCAGUAUGGUUCUUCUCGGGGCCGGCAGUUACGCCUACGGUGCCUUUUGCGGUGACCGACAUGCGUGCUCUUGCAGGUGUUAUGGUCACAGCAAGCCAUGUAAGCUUCUAG